AUGUACUGCUAUCUAUGGUUCGUUGGUCAUCAAGUUGCAACAUACAGGGAGGUGACCAACUUGUUUGAUCUGUCAAAGAGCAAUUUAUUUGACAUAAUAUCUAACAUGUCAGAUUUCAUUGGAAGUCUAGCUCCAAUGUUUAUUACAUGGCCUACCGAAGAAGAAUCUUUGGCCACUAAACAACACUAUAUUCAGAAAUAUAAUUUUCCAGAUGUUGUUGAAUGUGUAGAUGGAACACACAUUAAGAUUGACAGGCCCAAGGAGAGUCCCAACAGCUAUUACAAUAGAAAAGAUUAUUUUUCACUGCAACUGGAAAUUGUAUGCAAACACAAUCUUCGUAUAAUUAACAUGUAUAGUGGAUACCCAGGCUCAGUGCAUGAUGCUAGGGUUUUCAGAAAUUCUUCAGUGUUCAAAAGAGUAACAGAGACUGAUAUCAAUGGACAUUUACUUGGUGAUGCAGCUUACCCUUGCCUAAAACAGCUCAUCACUCCUUGUAAAGAUAAUGAGCAUCUAGAAAGAGUCCAUAGAAGCUUCAAUCAACAUCCAUACAAAUCCCGAGUAUCUGUUAAACAUACAAUUAGGAUUCUGAAACAAAGAUGUCUCUACCAUCUGAGAUUGAGACCAGGUGCUAGAAGGUUGCAACUUAUUAGAUCUUGUUGUGUAUUACAUAACAUGGUCUUACAAAGAGAUAUAGUCCACCUUGAGCCAGCUUUAGAAGUUCAUAACAAUUGCCAAGAUGGAAGUUGUAACAAUGCAGACUUCAUAGACGAUAUUCACUUUGAUGAAGAUGGACGUGAUAAGAGAAAGAAUAUUUUACAAAGAUUUAUGUAA